AUGAGUGUAUACUGGUGGGCUGAACUGAAUAAGGAGGCAAGACAGGAAGAAGAGAAGAAGCAGAAAUGGCAGAAGGAGGCGGAAGAAGGGAAAGAAGUCAAAGAAGCUGAUGAAUCCAAUGAAGCAGAAGAAACCGAUGAAGCUGACGAAGCAGAAGAAGUGAAAGAAGCCGAUGAAGAUGACAAAGAAGAAGCAGAUGUAGAAAAGGCAGAAAAAGUGGAAGAAGCG